AUGGGAAGAUAUAGUGUUAAAAGAUACAAGACAAAGAGAAGAACAAGAGAUCUCGAUUUGAUUUAUAAUGAUUUAUCAUCCAGAGAUUCAAUAGUCAGAUUAAAGAAUCAACCGUUAGAUGAAACCAAACCAGGAUUAGGUCAAUAUUAUUGUAUUGAAUGUGCAAAAUAUUUCGAAACACAAUUAGCAUUAGAUCGUCAUGGGAAAUCCAAAAUACAUAAAAGAAGAGUUAAAGAAUUAAAACAAAGACCAUAUACUCCUUUGGAAUCGGAAGCUGCUGCUGGGGUGAAUAUGCUUAAAUUUAACGAAUCAGUGAAGAAGUAUUUGGAAUUAGAACAACAUAAGGCAGAAUAUAAAGAAGAAAUAGAUGCUUUAGUGAAUCAAAAGAAAGAUACUUUGGAUGCUAUUAUUACUGGUAUCCCAUCUGAAGAGUUCCAACGUCAACAACAGGAAACAACUGGGGAAAGCAUGAUGACUGAUUAG